AUGAAUGAUCACCGAAUCAUGGAUGCAUUAUACUUGUUAUCCUCGACCAAGAUAAAAGAAAGAAACAAUGCUUUAGACGAGCUAACAACCGUUUUGAAAGAAGAUCCUGAAAGGAUACCGACUAAAGUUUUGCCAACUACAGCGGAUGCUCUGGUAGAGCUACUUGCAUCUGAACACACAAAAUACUGUGAAAUCCUUCGAAACUUGACGGAUCUAACAAAGAACAAGUUAUCACUAAGUGAAAGCAGAUUAUCCACAGUAUCAUAUGUUUUAAGAUUAUUUGUGGAGAAGACAUGCACACGAUUUAAAGUGAAAACAAUUAAGCUGCUUUUGUCAGUAGUACCUGAAUUGAUGGUCAAAGAGAACUCCAAAAGUUUAUUAGAUGGUGUUUCAGUCCACUUGUCGUUUGCCCUGGAUACCUUGAUCAAAAGUGACCCUUUCAAACUAAAAUUCAUGGUACACCAAUGGGUGUCUUUGGUGGACAAAGUUUGUGAAUAUUUCAGCCACCAAAUGCGAAUAUCUAUAGUCGAUAAGACACUUACUAAUUUUAUAUCGAUUCUUCUAAAUUUAUUAACAUUAGAUACAGUCGGCAUUUAUCAGGUGACAAAGACAAUCAUUUGGAGCGUUAUAGACUUUCUAAGGCUCAAUAAAAAGGAAAAUGGUAAUACAAGGUUGAUAAUGUCCUUAAUCAACCAAUUAAUUUUGAGGUGCCACUGCUUAAGUAUUAUUGAUAUACUGAUGCUCAUUAAGGAAACAUGGAAUUACAAUCUCACAAUCGGACAUACUUCCAAUGAAUCAGUACAAGACCAGUUAUCACUGUUCGAUGUUACUUCGAGUGAACUAAUGAACCAAAAACUGCCCUAUAUGAUUGGCCAAGAGAGCUACAAAGAAGAGCUUCGUUCCGAAUCAUUUCUGUCUCUAUACCGCGAAUACAUUCUUUUACGUUUGAGUGAUUACAAACCUCAAUUAUUUACAUUAGACUACAUUGAAUGUUCAAGUUUUCGAGAUUCAGACGAUAAAAAGUCGUGGUUUGAACUGUGUGAUUUCAGGCUUAGGGAUAGUAAUGGUACAUCAGUUUGGCUAAAAAUACUAGGAAUAACAAAAUCACUGUUGACAUAUUUUGCACUGAACAGCAAACAUGAAAAUACAUCUUUGUUAUUUAAAAAGAGGAGAUGUGAUUCGGAUAUAACUUCUAUUCUACGGGUCUCAGACGAUAUGGACACAUUUCUUAUCCACCUUUUGCGGGAAGAAAACUCACACAAAUUGGAAUUGAUUGGGCUACAGUUGUGCUCAUUUUAUGGAGCACUAAAAGAUUUUACUCAAAAUUUUACUAUGCAGUUGAAAGAACUUCUCUUUUCUAAAUUCGAGAAAGUUCAAUCAUUUAAUUUGGUAUGUUUUACAUUCAUCCCUUUGCUAUCCCAACACAAAUGUAAAAUCAGUAAUGAUGAUAUGACGCGCUUAUUCAAAGUUUGCUUACCAUUAGUGAAAUCAAAAGAAUCAUGCCAGAUUAGCUGUCUUUUGCUAGUUAACGCAAUAAAAUUUUCGAAACAACUUUUAUUAGACGAGAAAACCGUUAAUCAAAUUUAUGAUCUUUAUGAAUUAUCUGACAUUUCAGGACCUAUAUUAAUCUCUAAUGAAUCGUUCAUGCUAUGGGGGUAUCUUCAGCAUUUUGGAAAAGAUUUUCAAUCUAUAAAUGGUUCGUCCUCCUCUGAUAGAAUCUUUGUGUGGCUAAAAUCAAAGUGGAACCAAUUGCAUGAAAUUGAUGAUAGGCAGGAUCUGUUCCCCAAUUUCAUAUCUUGGUUAGGCAACAAAUAUGAUACAAAAGAUCCAUUUAACGAUAGAAAAUGCAGGAGAAAAAAGCCAAUUUUACCAUUUUGGGAUGAAAGCUGUCAUAUUUGGCAGCACUUUCAGAAACAGCGGGAAUUUCUUCUUGGUAUAAAAUCUGGUGAAAAACUGAAAAGUUAUGAUACACCCUUCUUUAAUAUACCAAAAGUGGCCUUGAACCUUACCAGGUACAACGAAAUUAUUUACAGGCUACUGGAAAAUAUCGAAAACGAAACAUCGCUGUCACCUCUACAAAGGUUUAGAUGGGCGGCAAAAAUGCUACAAAUUGUAGACAAUCUCUGUGGAGACUCUACUUUUUCUGAGUUCAUAUCAGCGUAUAAAAGAACAAUUUCAUUAACUCUUCCACAUCUCACUUUCGAUAAUCUUGCCUCUUAUGGAUUAUUCUUUGAGGAGGUUUUGUCAAUACACACGGCAAAUGUCAACCACUUGGUAUUUGAUAAAAUUGAUAUGAAGGGCAUUGUUAUCGAUUUCAUUAGAAUGCAAAAAAGCAAAUCCAGGACAGGAACUUCUAUCGUUAAUCAUUUUCAAGCCUCCUCUGAAGACGGCACUUGGGAUCUUAGCCCUGAUGCGAGAGGACAUAAGUUCCAAGGACGUUACCACUCAGAUAUGGAUAAAGCAUUUCAAGCUUAUCUUUGGGCUUCAGAGGGGAGAAACGUCUCGGAGCGUUUGGUUGCUAUAUUGGAAUUCUCUGACUGUAUUACGACCGAUAUAUUCAUGUCUUGCCUUGGCGCUUUUUGCCAAUGGCUAAAGCAACAGAUUGCGGAUCAUUCUCCGUAUAAUAAAGUUUUAGAGGAAUUCACAGAAGCUCUGGGAGAAAAGUUGCUUUGCAAUCAUUAUAGUUCUUCCAAUCAGGCUAUGUAUUUGCUUACCUCAUAUAUCGACGCAAUUAGACAGCAGUGGCUAUCAUACCCUGACAAAUCCUUGAAUUCCGAUUGUAAUGAUAUUCUCGACUGGAUAAUAUCAAGGUUCGAAGAUAAUUCGUUCACUGGUAUUGCACCUACGAUUAACCUGUCCAAACUACUACUCAACCUACUUCAAUACCACGAUCUUUCCCACGGAUCAGUCAGAGGGGGGAAGCAAAGAGUAUUUGCUACAUUUACCAGGUGCUUACAAAGGGUAGAUCCAUGCGCAAUUAUUAACGAAUUGGACAUCAUUUCAAACUACAUGGCCCAGGUGAGCUACAAAAAUCAAAGUAUAAUAUUUUCUGAAGUCAAAAACUUGUUUGGUUCCCCUCAGCAGAGUCUUGAAAAAUCAGCCUUUUACUCACUUACAAUGUCUAAAUUAUCAUUAGUUUCUUACCCAAGCUUGGUAUUUUCUUUGGAAGACAUGAUGACAUAUUCAAACUUUAACCACACGCGCACGUUUAUCAAACAAGCAUUGAAACAAAUAGCAAGUGAUUUAAACCAUCAAGAUCUUAUGCAGCUCUUUGAGUUCUGCAAGUUUGAUCUAAUCAUGUACUGGUUUAACAAAAUCAAAGUUCCUAAUGCCAAACUUGAAACAGAAUGGGAUAUAUCUCUGUUUGAAUUUGAUGAUAUGCAUCAAUUUUUGGCAAAAUAUCUUGUUGAGAUUUCUGCAAUAUAUUUUUCUCACGGUUUUAAUGAAAGAAAAGUCCUGAAAUUAUUACAUGAAAUUUCCGAACAUGACGAUGCCUACCUGGUUGAAAAUAGCUAUUAUCUAUGCAUACCACUUGCCUUUAUCGGUGGCGGUAUAAAUGAACUAGUAUUCGAUAUAAUACCUCAAAUAUCAGGUAAAACAACGGCAAAAAAUUACCAAAAAUACCGUUUGUUAAUGCUAAAAUGGAUCAUAAGGUUUACAGACCUAGGCUCGCUAACAGAGGUUCGGUCAAUCAUUGAAAAACUAUAUCCAGAUUCCUACCUUGCCAAAUAUUUGUUUGAGAAUUCUACUGCGUCUAUGAGGUACCAAUACCCACUUCAUAUACCUUUAAUUGCCGGAACAAACUUAAUCCAAAAACACUUUUCUAAUGAAGAAAAUUCCGCUCAAGAAUUCAAACUGUUGUUUCUUUCAGUUGUCACCGACCUUGAAGAAGCGUCGACUCAUACAGGAAAAUUACGAAGUGUCAGGGAAUUGAAGUAUCUCUUUGUGAUAUAUGAAAAUAUACUUUUAAACUCAUCAAUCUCGAACUUUAUCAUAGUUCGACUUUCAAAGUUUUUGGUUGAUAUACAAAUCCAUGAUGAAAUUAUCACAAUUUUCAACUCAAUUUUCAACCUCGUUGACAAAAAUAUGCUUAUGGUAGAACGGUCGUUGUCCAUCUUCUUUUGCAAAGUUUUCAUAUAUUUGAGAGAGAACAAUAAAGAACUCAAUCCGUCCUUUAAAAAAACUAUAAGGCUUAUAGAGCACUGGAACCUCAUGAAAAAAAAGACUUGGAAACACUGCCUUGAUGCGAUACUCGGAAAUAUGAUUCAAGAUGACAUAUAUGAAAACACUGAGGUAUUGGAAGCGAGUGAUUGUGCUACAAACGACGUUAUAUUACUUUCUUUACUUUUCUCACACGCUAGGAAACCAGUAACGUCAAAGAUAGAUUAUUUCGUUUCUAGUACAUUUGCGUGUAACAUUCUAAAACAUCACGUUCCGAAGGAAUAUCUCAGUCUAAACUUCAAAUUGUGGUUCGCAAAUCUCUCGAAUAAAUUUUCACAGGAAGAAGUAAAAGUAAAUACUUCAUCAGCUCUCAGCAGUGAUAGUCAUCUGAAAAAUUUUGAGGUCGUAUUUGGUCAUCCUGGUUUACCGUACACAAUAUACGGACGUCUUUCAGCGUUUAAUAAACAAGCCGAAUUAUAUAGUUCUACCAGAACAUUCUUUCUUUCGGAGUGCAUUAUGACGUACUUGGUGGGUUAUUCAAUUGAUAAUACAGGAAGCGAGUUUGGCGUUACUGGGGAAAUUUUAGAUGAAAACAAGGACAAAAUUGCUCCAUUGGAUAAGGACGUGUUGAACGCUAUGCACCCAUUAACUAGUAAAGCUCAAAUGGAUACAUUUCUACGCAAUUGCUAUGCCUCACCAAACGAACCAUAUGGCAGUUGGAUAGCCAAGUUUGCUUGUGGUUUAGUUCAUCACAUCUCAUUUAAUAUACCCCACAUAGUGUGUUUGUAUCCUUUGUGCAAAGAAUCAAGCACUUUUUGUGAAUCAGUGCUUCAAGAUUUAUUUUUCCUUUCGAUGACAUUUGAUCCAAAGAGCUGUUUAAAGUGGAUUAACCAGAUAUUUUCCCAAUUAUCAAUACUGCUAAAUGCUAAAGAUUUCAAAAUAAAGUUGAGGUUGCUCUUUAGUGUAGUAAAAAUGAUAAGAAUGGGUUCAAGAUAUAAAGAAAGAAACUGUCUGCGUGCUUAUUCCUGCUUGGAUUUAGAAAAUAUUUGUCAAAUCUCUCUUCAAAUAGAAGAAUUUGAAUUCGGUUAUUUAUUAUUUGAGGAAAUGAACAUGCCAAAGACCGAAGAGAUGAAUAUAAACACGCUUCAAAGAAUUUACGAAUCCAUAAAUGAUAAUGAUUUUAUAGCAGGUUUGCCUGUUCCACAUUCAAUCAAUGGAGUUUUAAACUCCAUUAAUAGAAUUGAAUCAAAUACAUGGAAGCGUUUUCUCUUCAAUAACGCUGACUUUGAUGCAAACUAUACCGGUUCAUCUAAAGAAGAAAGAGGGUCAUUAAUUAAGGCUACAGAAGAGAGCGGUUUCUACGGACUAACAAGUUUAUUAGAAAGCAGAAACUCAGGAUCCAGUGAUGUUUAUAAAUGGAGUUUGGAAUUAGGAGAUUGGAAAUUGUUGACUCCAAAACUGAUUGAUUCCAAAGCGAAAGGUUUAUACAACGCCAUAAAAAACAUACCGCGAGAUAUUGACUAUGCUGUUAAGAGUUUAGAGGACUCCUUAUUAACAGUUUUUGACUGUCGACAGGACUUCCCCAACCUUGAGGAAUGGAUGGAUACUUUAACCGCAAUUAUUGAAUUCAUGAAAAUAGCGUCAACUUCUCAACUUGGCACUUCUUUUCCACAUACAUUGAAAUCUAUCAUGAAUGCUGACGAGGCAAAACUAAAAAUUACAGAUUUCCGUGAUCACAAAAUAACAUUGAAGAGUAGAUACACUUUAAUGAACGUGCUUUCUAAAAAUACGCUAGAGCAGAACGCAAAACUUUCGAACUACUUACAGCUUGGCUCUGUUAUUCAGCUUGCUAAUUACAUUCAGAUGGCAAUUUCUAACGAUGCGUCUCAAGAUGCGCUACGAAACGCUACUUUAAUGAACAAUAUAGUCAAAAAUGCUAUACACUCGUAUGAAGACUCUUCUGUAUCAUCCCAAGUCGAAAGGUUGGCAAGUUACGUGUCUGCUAAUGCCCUUUGGGAAUCUCGCGAGUAUAAAACACCCGUUAUGAUAAUGAGAGACCUUUUAGAUUAUGAUAAGAUGGACAUUAGUGGAAGCGAACAAUACAACAAUUUUAAAUCACUUCUCGACAUUUCAAUGGAUCAAGUUAAAGCUCACUUAGUCAAGUGGAGUUCUGAAUCCAGACUUGAAUCAGCUGCCACGAUAUAUGAAGAAAAUAUUGUGAAUUGGGAUAUAAACGUGGACGACCAUGAAUCAAGCUCCGAUGUCUUUUAUACACUUGGCAGCUUUCUUGAUGAACAAGCCCAAAAGUUACGAUCAAACGGAGAGAUUGAAGAAAAAGAACGCAGAUCACAUACUGGGAAGGCCAACCUGAAAGCUUUGGAACUAAUAUACAAAAACACGAAAUUACCAGAAAAUGAAAGAAAAGAUGCCAAAAGACAUUACCAUCGUGUUGCAAUACAAUAUAAUAGAGAUUCUGAGAUAUUAAAAACUUUGCUUCUUCAAAAAGAGAAGUUCUUAUGGCAUGCGCUUCACUUUUAUCUCAACACCUUAGUUUUCAGUAAUAAGUACGAUAAUGACAUUAUUGAUAAGUUUUGUGGUUUAUGGUUUGAAAAUGACGACAAUAGUAGGAUCAAUCAGUUGCUAUAUAAAGAAAUUGGUACGAUACCAAGUUGGAAGUUUUUACCUUGGGUAAAUCAGAUUGCAUCAAAGAUUUCAAUGGAGGAUAACGAAUUUCAAAAGCCAUUGCAGCUAACUAUGAAACGCCUUCUCUAUAAACUACCAUAUGAUUCUCUCUAUUCAGUCAUGAGUAUAUUACUAUAUGACAAACAAUCUAAUAAAGAUACCGGCAUAUCCCAAAAAAUCCAAGCUGUCAGGAAGAUUCUUUUAGAGCUACAGGGAUACGAUAAAGGUGCUUUUGCAAAGGAGUAUUUACUUCCUGUACAAGAGUUUUGUGAAAUGUCUGUAGAAUUAGCAAAUUUUAAAUUUGUGCAGAAUACAAAGAAGCUACAUUUAGCUAAUUUGAAAAUUGGACAAUAUUGGCUGAAUGAGCUGAAAUUAGGGAAGUUUCCCUUACCAACUAGUGAAUUUGCUAUCAGGAGUUCCGUUGAUGGAAGGAAAGCUCGCCCUUAUAUCGUAUCCGUCAAUGAAACCGUUAACAUCACUAGUACUGGAUUAUCCUUGCCAAAAAUAAUCACCUUCAAUAUUUCUGAUGGAACAACACAAAAGGUGUUAAUGAAGGGCAGUAACGACGAUUUGAGACAAGAUGCCAUUAUGGAACAAGUAUUCCAACAGGUUAACAAAAUUUUAAGAAAUGACAAAGUGCUAAGAAAGUUGGACUUAGGUAUUAGAACAUACAAAGUGAUUCCGUUAGGGCCAAAGGCGGGAAUAAUUGAAUUUGUAGCAAACUCUACAUCAUUACAUCAGAUUUUGAGUACACUACAUAAAGAUGAUAAGAUAACAUUCGAUCAAGCAAGGAAAGCUAUGAAAGCAGUCCAAACAAAAUCGAACAAAGAGAGACUGAAAACUUACUUGAAAGUUACUAGCGAGACAAAACCUCAACUAAGAAAUUUCUUUUUUGACUCUUUUCCUGAUCCAAAUGACUGGUUUGAAGCUAAGAAAAAGUACACAAGAGGUGUUGCCGCAAGUUCUAUUGUCGGAUAUAUAUUGGGUCUAGGUGAUAGACAUUUGAACAAUAUUUUACUCGAUUGUUCAACAGGUGAGCCUAUUCAUAUAGAUCUGGGCAUCGCUUUCGACCAGGGUAGACUGCUACCCAUUCCAGAAUUGGUUCCCUUCAGAUUAACCAGGGAUAUUAUAGACGGAUUUGGAGUCACAGGUGUAGAUGGAUUAUUUAGACGGAGCUGUGAAAGAGUCUAUGCCUUACUAAGAAAGGAUUACAUUAAGGUGAUGUGCGUUUUGAAUAUCUUGAAAUGGGAUCCGCUUUAUUCAUGGGUAAUGUCGCCAGUCAAAAAGCAUGAACACCUAUUCGAAGAAGAGAGUGAGAUUAUUUCUACUUUUGAUAAUGUCAGUAAAUUUAUUAACAUCAGUGACAAAAACGAAAACCAAGAAUCUUAUAGAGCUCUGAAAGGUGUGGAGGAAAAAUUAAUGGGUAAUGGGUUAAGCGUCGAGUCUAGUGUACAGGACUUAAUUCAGCAAGCAACAGAUCCGUCGAAUUUAAGUGUUAUAUACAUGGGAUGGUCACCAUUUUAUUAA